AUGAAGUCGCAUCAUAAUUUAAGUCUUUUACUUAUAUUCUUCAGCAGUGCUUUGGUGAAUGGACUCUCCUUGAGCAUUAAUCAAUCCAACGACCUGAGAAAUGCUGAAAGUACCCCUGUUGACAAUUCCAAAAAUGGCGAAUGGAAGCUGAGAAUUGUUCAUACAAAUGAUAUGCACUCGAGAUUCAAUCAAACAUCGAAAGGUUCAACGGAUUGCAGUGAAAAAGACGUCAAGAAAGAAAGGUGUUACGGAGGUUUCGCAAGAAUAGCUUCCAAAGUCCGGGAAAUUAACAGCACGUCAACCUCCCCAGUGUUGUUCUUGAACGCAGGGGAUAAUUUCUUUGGCACACCUUGGUUCGAAAUCCACAAGGAGGAAAUCGUCUUAGAUAUGAUGAAUCUCUUGAAGCCUGAUGCGAUGAGUUUGGGCAAUCACGAAUUUGAACAUGGUCCGAAGAAGUUGGUUCCAUUCAUUAACAACGUGAACGCACCAGUCCUUUGUUGCAACCUGGAUUUGUCAAGGGAACCCGAGCUGCAGCAAUCUAAGCUGCGUCCGUAUGUAGAGCUUUCAGUUCAAGGUCAUCGAGUUGGAAUAAUUGGUUACCUGACCCGCGAAACAAUGGACGUCGCGCAAGUGGACAACGUCAAGAUUCUCGACGAAAUAGAUUGUCUGAGGAAUAAUGUAAAAGAAUUGCAGGACAAGGGUGUUAAUAUAAUAAUUGGACUCGGCCACUCUGGGUAUGUUCGUGACUUGGAGAUUGCGAAGGCUGUCGAAGGCUUAGACCUGAUCGUCGGUGGCCACACCAACACUUUCUUGUUCAAUGGACCCCAGCCAGAUCAAGAGAAACCUGAGGGUCCUUAUCCAACUGUGGUCGUCCAGCCGAACGGAAAGAAAGUUUAUGUGGUGCAAGCUUAUGCGUACACCAAGUAUCUCGGGGAUUUGGAGGUUACUUUCGAUGCCGAAGGCGAAAUAACACACGUUGAAGGCAAUCCGAUUCUGAUAAAUCACAAAGUUCCUGAAGCUAAUGAUGUCGUCGAAGCUCUUAACAAUUAUCGUAAGGAGAUUCGAGAGUUGGGAGAAAAAGUUAUUGGUGAGACUUUGGUUCCGUUGGAUGGACCUAAGAGGUGUAAGGUCCAUGAGUGCAACUCGGCAAACUUACUUGCUGACGCAAUGGUUGAUUAUAACAUUGUGCAUCAACCGCAUGCCCGUGAAAAUGACAAAUGGACAGAUGUUUCGAUCGCCAUAGUGAAUAGCGGGUCAUUCAAAACACAUUAUGAAGGACAUAGUAAAAUCACGAUGAAUGACGUGUACAGUAUUGUUGCGUACGAUGAUAUAAUAGGAAUAGUAAGCUUGACGGGAAGACAGUUAUUAAACGCAUUCGAGCACGGAGCUUUUAACAUAACCUAUAAUGAUUUUGACAGAACCGAGUAUGUAGAUGGAAGAUUAUUGCAGGCUUCUGGCAUAAAAAUGUCUUAUGAUUUAUCAAAACCCGGAGGAUCAAAAAUUGUCCCAAACUCCGUUUUCGUACGCUGUGCUGAUUGUAAAGUUCCUGUUUACCAACCUCUGGAUGAAAAUAAAACUUACAAGGCAAUAACCCUUGAUUUUCUACACAAAGGAAAAGAUGGAUUCGACUUCAUCGCAGAUUUGCCGUGGCAAUCUCUUGACGUGACAAUGAGGGAGGUCUUUUCAAAGUAUGUGGAACGUAUCAGCCCGAUCUAUAUUGGCGAAGAAGGUCGCAUCACUUAUGUGAAUCAAUAA